AUGGGCGAGGGGUCGCUGAGAAGAGCAAGCAAGUCCCCAACGAAGGUCGCUAGGGGUGGCGAAUCUCCUCGAAGAGAACCAUCGCGGCGUGCGGCGGACCCCUCUGCUUCGCCCUCGACUUCGCGCAUCGGCCGCUCAGCACACCGCGCGCCGCUGCCGUCAACCUCCUCCCCUCGUCGACUGCCAUCAUCUUCCUCGUCACCGCGCAAGCUACCCUCCUCUGCCUCCUCCCGCAUCCCGCAAGCACCCAGCGGGAUCCCGCCCGUUCCGCCGCUUCCCAAUCUUCCCUCUCUCGCUGGGAUCCCGUCCCUCGGCGAUAUUCCCCUCAAUGUACAAGGUCCGCGCUCGCCACCCGUCCCGCCGCACACACCCCACGAGCGCGCGGUGCCUGUGCCGAUCCUGCGCGUGCCGAGCACGGAGGGGCCGGUAAAGAUGUUCUAUGCAGCGUCGGUGAUCUCGAUGUCGACGGUGGAUGGGGAGGAGGGGGUGGUGGGGGAUAAGGGUGAGGAGGGGGGCAAGGGAGAGGAAGAGAAGAAGUGGCUGUGCGAUGAGGUAGAGGAGGAGGGGUUGGAGCAGGAAGAAACCAGCGGUCAUGAAGCGGAGGGACGCGUGCAUGAUGUGUAUGAUGUGCAUGGGCGUGAGGAGGCACGAGAAGCUGACGGGGAGGAGAGCGAAGUGGAGGAGGGCGCCGAUCCAGCUGGAGCAGAGGCGGCGAGCUCGCCUGAGGUCUCGCCGUCUCCACCAGCGUCUCCUGUACUUCAGGCAGCUUCGUCGCCGUCACCUUCGACCCCUACAGCUCGGUCUCGACCGCCGUCUAUCGCUAGUCCUUCGACACCCGACGCCAAGCCGGAGGCAAAAUCCCCUUCUUCGUCGCUGCAUCAACAUCCCUCGCGCUCACCAUCGCCUCAGAUGGCAUUGACUUUGCCACCAACUGUACCAUCGAUGGCGCAAGCAAGUGCUGAAGGCGCAUCCUCGCCGGCACCUGUCACUGCGGCUAGCGAAGCGAUUGCGUCAACAGAUGAUGCAUCGUCUUCUACACUACCACCUUUUGCGCUCUUGCCUCCGAAGACGGGGCCCUCGAGUCCCCAUCGUCACGAACAGAAUAUUGCAGCAGCCGCGGAUGCCGGGAGCUCAGCGCAUAGUUCGGCCGGUGAUGCAGCUGGGCUCGAUGAGGCUCAAGCCCUCGCGGCCGAACACGACGACCAUAACGCGCAUCUUUCCGACACCGGUCGUCGCAUCGGGCGAAUCACUGUGCCACCAUGGCUCGAGGGCAGCGUUCCUUCGCGCGAUCCGCGGAUCCGGGCGGAGGUGGAAGCGCUUCGCAAGGCGGCGAAGGUCGGGAGGGUGAAGGGCGCGAAGGAGGCUUGA